CUGAGUCCUCCCUGGUUCCCUCUGGAUCUCGGUCCCAUAUUUUUUUUUGUCGCGGGUAACGAGUCUCGGAGAAAUUCUGGUGACUGGUGACUGGUUCCGUGGAGGAGGACAGUUGAGAAUCUCUGGCCCUUUCACGUGACCCCGCGCACUUUCCUCCCGCGCACCCAUAAGACACCGUGGUCGACGAACUUUUCCGCGUCACACCAAAACAAUCAUUCCUUUCUUCACUACAUCUUCCACAACCGACCCUGUGUCCUUCUUUUGUGUCUUUCGGGUUACGGCCUGUCCAAUCUUUACGACUCUCGUUUACCUUGUCAACACACUCUUUAGUGCUGUUUCCACUGCUGCUGCUAUCCGGCCUCACAACAUGCGGUCGUCAGCACUUCUCGUUCUCACCGGCUUCAUAGCUGCGGUAACCAAUGCUACGCCGGUAGCUCCUGCCCUACCGCAAGCCCUCCCGCAGCUUAAGCGGCUUCACAUCCGUCAAGACAACACAACCAACAGCACAGCUCCGUGUGCUCAGGUAUCCCAGGCUAUCUACAGCAAUGGUGGACCCGCCUCUUCAAUUCCCACCGUCCCAGCCAAAAUAGCGUACGAAUGCAUUCAGAGUGUUCCAUUCAACGCCACUUCCGCCAUGAAACUUCUGGACUCUCUGCCUCCCUAUCUCGCCUGGCAGAGCACGCUCACCGUUCUGUCUAAUCCGCCGGAUGAAUAUGCCAAGAAGGUUCAACCACCAGUUGAUAUCCUAGGCGGAGUUGAGAAGCUUAAGGCUAGCAUUGGCGCUGGCCAAUUCAAGUCAGAAUACGAGUUUGGUUGGGCUCUCUACACCUUAAUCCAGUCGGCUCACGAUGGUCACUUUACAUACGUUCCUGAUUCUGUUGGUUCAAUUUUCAAUUUCGGGCGGCCGGUACCUUUGGUCUCGGUUUCUGAAGACGGGAAGAAGUUGCCUGCUGUUUUCGCCUACUACGACGUCUUGGGCAUGCAGUUCAAGAACAUUUCUUAUACUCCAUCUCCAAUCGUUCAAAUUAACGGUCAGGAUGUCAACGAAUACCUCGAAGGGCUCAGCCAAUACGGCUCUCUCCAGGAUCGCGAUGCCUUGUAUAAUAACAUGUUCUACGAGCUUGCCCAGAUCAGUCUCGGAUCAUCUGGCAGCGGCACUGGAAUGUUUACUGGAGGUGGUCGAGGACGAUGGGUUUAUCCUGGCCCAACGACAACCCUGAAAUUUGCAAACGAAACUUCGUAUACCAUGGAGAAUUACGCCCGGGUGCUGCAGAGCUUCCGAGGGAUCAACACCGGCGAGGAGUUGGCAACCCAAUGGUUCUACUAUGGUUCUAAUGCCGCCUCGACCCAGCUAGGGGAGUCCGCCUCUCCAGCAGCCCUUGCCGUCACCGCUCCUGGCUAUCCCACUCCUGUCACCCCUGGACCAAGCAAUCUAAUCAAUGGCUUUUAUGUGGAUGCUCCUGGCUAUGAAGAUGUUGCAGUUCUACAGGUACCGAACUUCGUGGGUGAAACGAGUGUAGAACGAGCUUUCCAGAAGACCACCCAAGAUUUCCUGCCGAAAGCAGUUGCAGACGGCAAGACCAAAUUGAUCAUAGACGUUCAAGCCAACGGAGGAGGAACUAUCCUUCAAGGCUAUGACAUGUUCAAACAACUAUUCCCCUCAAUUCUUCCUUAUGGCGCCAACCGCUUCCGAGCGACCGAAUAUGUUGACCUCAUUGGACAAGCUUUCAGUGCCUAUGCUUCCAAAUUCCCCCGCCAGUCGACCUACAACCAGACUCUCAUGUCGAUCCAGGGUUCCUAUUUCGACUACCACCAGGAUUCCAAUGAGAACUACGAGCGAUUCACAUCAUGGGCCGAUAAAUUUGGUCCGAUUGAGCUGCUUGGAGACAAAUUCACUAAUAUCGCACGUUGGAAUCUUUCGGACGUUCUGAUUACGUACAACUCAGGUGGCAUCAACAUUACCGGAUACGGAAUAUACUCCAAUGCCUCCAGCAACCCGCCGCCUUUCAAGGCUGAGAACAUUGUUAUCCUCACCGACGGCUAUUGCGCAUCAACCUGUACGAUCUUCGCCGAGCUAAUGAAACAGCAAGGUGGAGUGAAAACCAUCGCUAUGGGAGGCCGAAGCAACAAGAACCCGAUCCAGGCCAUUGGUGGCGUCAAGGGUACGAACAACUACGCAUGGAACUAUAUCCAAAACCUUGGUCAACAGGCAGUCGAAAUUGCCCCCGAGGGUCAGGACGAGAAAUACAACACCACAUUCAAACCAUUCUAUGCUAAUAUACCAUACAACCGUGCCGCUACCAAUCCGGGAGCGAACGUGAGGGACGGGCUUCGCCAAAAUGACACCUCCGGUGUUCCGUUGCAGUUCAUCUAUGAGGAGGCGGAUUGCCGACUCUACUACACGCCUGAAAUGACAGUCGACGCUACAGCCAUAUGGAAGGCAGCAGCUGAUGCGCAGUGGGGCGGAAAGGGCAAUUGCGUCACGGGCGGGGGCUAUGGUACCAAACGUGAGGCGCACGAGGUCACGACGAGCUUGAAGCCAAGGCGCGUCAGCCCAAGGGCUCAAGCCUCUUUGCUCCAGCAGUUCGAGGCUUUCGAAAAGAGUUUCGUUCUACAGACGGACUGCACGAUGCACGGUGAUGGAUUCAUGCAUCCGUAAAGAGAAAGGGUGUUCCUACGGCAGCUCGCUUUCCGAGAAAGCCAGCGUACACUUAACGAUUAAUAUCACCGAAGGACGAAUGCCGGAUACAGGUGGAGGCAUGUAAUAUCUUAGUUUGUCAUAGAACAGGCCGGGUGGCACAAAAACGUGCAGGCUAAAAGCCGGAGAGGUCGACCUCUUUAUGACCAUAAUUCUCAAUGACGAAAAUACGGACCAUAUCAAUGAAUUCAAGAGGAUAUUUCCACCCUCAAAGUUUGUCUUUUUUCGUUGUCAACCGUGAAAUGGAUGUAGAAAGAAACCGGAGCUUGCUCGCUUGAAGAGAAUGACGUCUCAAAACCCGAGCCAUCCGGGCGACAAUCACACCCAGCCCUACG